CAUCGCAUCCAGCCUCGUGGGAACCGUUCUAGAUGGAGUCCGAUGCCUGAUGAACUCCCCAGCCCAAGAUGCUCUGACUCAAGAUUUGAAAGUGUGGUCCGCCACACGUGAUAUGUACGGUCGCUUGCAGUUGAAUCUCAGAGAUUUCUUUACGAAGCUGUCAAGCCGCCAAAGGAAGGCUGUGCAUUCUGCUUCAGCUAAGGAAGCUAUCGGCCAAGUCUUGCUUUGCAUUCAGGAGGAGCUCGCAAACUCAAGCAAGUUCCAAAGUUCUGACGACAACGUCAAGGAGAUAACGGUCGUCAUUGAUUCACUGAUUGAAGAUGUUGGGAUGGUGGACCGUCACACUGACCUGGACCAGGAUAGGCCCCUCUCCUCCUUAUCUGGUACCUCAGAAGGAAGCUGGUCAAACUGGAGUGAGGAGAGCCUUCCUGAAGAGUCUGUGGUCAUACCAGAGGUCUCCACUGCAGCCCCCAUGGCAGCAGACACAUUGGUGGCUGUGAACAUUGACCUGAGCGAUUUGCCUCAAGAUGAGGCUUCUGCGUGUGUACCGCACGAAACCGUAGUGAGCGCUGUGAACAGCAUCACCUCGACGCUCGGCUUGCAAAAUGAGGAGAGCUCGAGCAGGCCGCCCUCUCAGGGUCAUCUGACCUCAGUAUGGAAGAGAUUAGAAAAGGCUCUCUCCCAGGGACAUAUUCAGUCCUCUCAGGACCUGAUUGAGGACGUUUACCAGAUUCUCCUGAAGGGUAGACAAACUGUUGCUGCUGCAAAGUCUGCCUCCGACUCUGCUCUUGUUGCCAUGAAACAGGCCCAGGAUGUACCUCAAGGAGCCAUGGUUAGCCAGAUCAUAGGCAUGUUCGCACAGGAGUGUGUGAGGGAUUUAUUUCUGCCUUGCUUCAAAUUGCCCUCUUCAUGGAAGUCAGGUGCAAGGGCCCCCCUGAGGUCGGCCGCUGCCUCAGUGUCCUGUCCAGGUGGCCUAAGCUCCAUGGCCAGAAACGGAGAGGACCGCGCCGCGGAAUCACCAUCUCAGAUUCUGGCAGAGGUACUGCAGGUUGCUAUGAAUGCGAUGGUCGCUGACGUCAUGAAUAUACUCUCCCUGGCAACGCGUUCGCCCAUGGAUAUGGAAGCUUUUCUGAAGGAGUCUGGUUUACCCGGUUACGAUGUUGCCUUCAACACACCAGAUUUAGGACUCCUGGACGACAAGAGACGUGCAGACAGUCAGGAAGGUUCUACGGACUACUCCAGCCUUGUGUCUGUGCUCAUGAUCCGCCUGCUGUCAAAGCUACAAAAUGAGGAUUCACUCUCUGACGAUAUGCUGGAUCAAUGCAGAGAACUUAUCAACAAGGUGCUCUCUGAGCUCACAGCAGCACUUGGUGUCUCCAAAACUGACUUUUGCCCUGCUGGUGUGAACAUUUGCAAAGUAUUCAAAGUUAUCUACAAUAACCUCCUGAGUGAAUAUGGAUCAAAGAACAGUGUCCUGUUGGCCUUGGAGAUAAAGGACCCCUCAGUAGAGAAGAUUGUUGUGAGAUCUUUGAUCAGCGAGAUUACGACUGAUGUGACAAAUGAUAAUGACGCUACACCUAAGAAAGACGAGAGAGGGAGUGGAUGCUUUCAGUUCCUUCCAAAUAUGAAGAAGAUUAAGUCUUGCCUGAAGAGAAACAAGUCAGGCAGCCAAAGAAAGGCCAACACAGAUGGAGCCACAGCAAUCAGCAUCACUGACAAUAUUGCCGUUUCCCCAGAGUCCUUUGCCUGUUCGGUCUCAUUGGAUGAGGAGCCAUGCAUCCCCAUUGGCUCACCUGAGAAGGGACGCUCUCUCUUCACCCGCAUCAGAUCUUUCUUUAAGAGGAGGUCUUCUGCGGUCUCGCCAGUGUAGCUCAAGUAACAACUUGAAUGGCCUCAGCUGUGGCGCAACUGGCUGGGGCACCUGCACUGUACGCCGGUGACCUGGGUUCGAUUCCCGCCCUGCGGUCCUUUCCGGAUAUCACCCCUGCUCUCUCUCCCAUUCACUUCCUGUCACCCUUCACUUCAAAAGGCCCCAAAAUCUUUAAUCUAAAUUUAACUUUUUGAACCUCUGUUAUUUUUUGCUCCUGUGCGUCCCCAUUGGCUCACCUGAGAAGAGAUGUUCUCUCUUCACCCGCAUCAGAUCUUUCUUUAAGAGGAGGUCCUCUGCGGUCUCGCCAGUGCAGCACAAGUAACAACUUGAACCAACCAAACGGAAAAACUUGAAUUUGAAUUUAUUCUUUUAGAACCUCUGCUAUUUUUUGCUCCUGUGCGGCCCCAUUGGAUGAGGAGCCAUGCUCCGCCUCUGGCUCUCCUGAGAGGAGAUGCUCUCUCUUCACCCGCAUCUUUAAGAGGAGGUCCCAUGUGGUCUUACCAGUGCAGCUCAAAUAGACCAACAAAAAACUUGAAUUUGAUUUUAUUCUUUUACUUUUUGAACCUCUGUUAUUUUUUGCUCCUGUGCGGCCCCAUUGGCUCACCUGAGAAGAGAUGCUCUCUCUUCACCUGAAUCAGAUCUUUCUUUAAGAGGAGGUCCUCUGCGGUCUCGCCAGUGCAGCACAAGUAACAACUUGAACCAACCAAACGGAAAAACUUGAAUCUAUAUUUAUUCUUUUACUUUUUGAACCUCUGUUAUUUUUUGCUCCUGUGCGGCCC